AUGGCCGCGCAUGACGACAACCCGUCCUAUCCGACCAACACCAUCGUCUCCAAGAAAGCGCGCAAACAUUACCGGGCUCCCGUCCGAUCACAACACUGGCAGCUGCGCUCCCUCAUCAGCGCAGAGAAGCGACAUCUCGUCUAUUUCCCCGGCGGCAACGGGAGCAACCACGUCCAACGCCUCAACACCAUCACCCACGAAUGCGAAACCAUCAAGCUCCUGACCUUUGCGCCCCGCUGCCUCGUCGCCGAGAAUGGCUGGCUCUGCUGCGGCAGCGAGACGGGCGAGUUCGUCGCCAUCCGCCUCGACGAGGGGAGCGACGACAGCCAAGGGCCCGGAAUGAACUUGGAACUGGGCCCCGACGCCAGGAGACAUCUCGGUCUUGAUGGCUCGCGCCAAGACCCCCUCCUCUCUCUCCUUGCUCAGGCUCGCCGCACAAACAAAAGCUUGAUAGCGAAGAGCAUGAAAUUGGCCAAGGACCGGGUCAACUGCAUCACCCUCUGGUUUCCCCCGACCGUCUUUCCGGCCUUUGAAGAAGCUUACGCCGAACCAGUCGCCGUCUUAGCCAACAACGACCGCACCGUGGUGCUUGUCAGCUUGCGCGACUUUGAACAAAACGACAAGUCGGAUCCUUUGGACGUGAUCACGUACCCCGACUUCGUCAAUCGCGCCAUCAUCUCUCCCGACGGGCGAUAUCUCGUCGCCAUCCUUGACGAUCCCUAUCUAUACGUCCACGAGCGCAUGGAGCGACCGGCCGAGUCCCCGUCGUCCACCUCGGGCGAUGCAGGCAGCGGGCGUCAAUGGGAAUUGAAGCAGCGGUUUCUGCUCAAGAGCCAGCGCAAAAAUGAUAGGUCCGACAGCCGGGGAAGCUUUGCCGCCUGCUUCUCUCCCUCGGGCGCAUACUUGGCCGUCGGAACGCAGCACGGCACUAUUUCUAUAUUCGAUACGACCCAACUCUCCGAGUCGGGUGCCGAGCCGCUCAUCACUACCUUCAAGUCGUCGCGUCCCGAGAGCGGACCAGGCGCCAUUCGAGACAUGGCCUUCUGCCCGGGCCCGUUUGACAUUCUGGCAUGGACUGAGGAUCGUGGGCACAUUGGCUUUGCCGACAUGCGGAGCAACUUUGUUGUUCGCCAGAUUGUCGACAUCAAUGCCGAAGCCGAGUUUGAACACAUAGAUAUUUUCGAUCGCAAUACCAUUGAUCCUCGGCUACUGAACAACAACGGCGAGAGGCGAAGCACCAGGUCGCCGCCCUCGGCCGCAUCGCGAAGAAGGCACGGCGAGGGCCUUGAGACGCUCAACCAACCCCUUAGUGCCAACGAGACUCUAGUUUUGGAAGCUAUUCAAAGUGACAGGAGGCGCCGAGAGCGCCUGUCCCAGAGAGGGACAGGUACCGAGGAAGGGUCCCGGGGGUCGGAUUCGACAUGGACGUACCUAGCCAAUCUUCGGCCCUCGGCUAACGACGGUGAUUCCCAGCGGCCAAGGGAGCGCAGCAGCAGCGUCGGCCGCGCCAUGGGGGACAUGCUGGGCCCCUACCGAGAUCAGCGGGAGCGUGCCUCUGACCGCAUGCGCACCGCGCGGCAGCUGGCUCGUGAGGCCGGGGAGCAGCGACAGUCACUCCGCCGGCUGGACCAGCGGAUGAUGGAUAGGAUCGGCGAGACGGUCGCCGCCAUGCGGGACCAGCGCGAGAGGCCAGACUCGUCGUACCUCAAUGUCUUGGAAAUUCUGCAGGCCAGGGAGCGCUCCCCCGGCGACGCCGAACACGAAGACUCGUCGCUCCUUGUGCCGCUCGUCAACCAAGCCAUGAACCGCUGGGAGGAGAGUGCUAUCCGGGGAACACUAGCCGCUGAUCAUGGCGUCUUCGAGGUUCCUCCCUCGCCGGACAACACGGCCGGGCUGGCCUGGACUGCCGACGGCCGCACCUUAUUUGUCGGGGCUCAAAACGGCAUAUACGAGCUACACAUCAACGUCCAGAGCAGAAAGUUUUGCCCGAGCAUCACCAUGAGCUAG